UAUCAAGUUCUUCUUCGCUGUUCAAUUCGUUCAAACAAAUCUUCUGAUAAUGGUUCUACCUGCUUGCAAUCUGCUCAAAGGCAAAACUGCCGCCAUCACGGGUGGCACUACCGGAAUUGGCCGGGCGAUCGUGCUGGCAUACAUCACCCAAGGGUGCAAUGUCGCUGUCAACCACCUAGGCCUUCCUCAGGAUGAAGUCCAUCGGCACAGUCUCCUCGAUGAAGUCAAGGCGAUUCAACAAAGGGGGAUCGACGCGGGGAGAAUCCUCGAAAUCCCCGGCGACGUGACCGCCCCGGAGACCAGCACCAACCUAUUCAAGGAGGCUGUAUCGCAAUGGGGGAAGUUGGAUAUUUUCGUGGCCAAUGCGGGAGUCUUCAAGCAGGCCGAAUUUCUCAAGAUCCAACCCUCCCUUCUGGACCACAGCGUCGACGUCAACAUCAAAGGCUGCUUUUACUCCUGUCAAGCAGCUGCCCGGCAGAUGGUCGAACAAGGCCAUGGCGGUUCAAUCAUCGGCAUUUCCUCCGUCAGUGCGCUGGUUGGCGGAGGCUUCCAGACGCAUUACACGCCCACCAAAGCCGCUGUUCUCUCCAUGAUGCAGUCGAUGGCGAUUGCACUCGGUAAGGACCAGAUCCGAUGCAAUGCCCUAAUGCCGGGGACGAUCGCCACGCAGUUAGCCGAUCACGAUAUGAAGAAUCCCACCAAGAAGGCUGCGCUCGAGGCGAGGAUUCCACUUGGUCGUAUUGGUCGUCCGGAGGAUAUGGCAGGUCCGGCGGUGUUUUUGGCUUGUGAGGAGAUGAGUCAGUAUGUGAAUGCGACGGGGUUGUUGGCGGAUGGGGGAAUGUUUAGUAAUUUGCAGUAGAAUAUUCCCUGUAUACUGAGUGAGUAGAGCCUGGGUGUUUGUGAAAUAGACAGUUGGCUUCGAGGUCUAGCAAGAUAUAUAUAGUAAAAUCAAUACAACAUAAGGCAUGAAAUGGUU